GGUAUCGCUACCGUGUGCAGAUUGAUGCCCAAGUUUACUGGCAAGGCAAACCGUUGAGUCCGGAGAUCGGCACUUUUCGGUUGGCCACGCCCUGGCAGAAUGUUAAUCCUUCGACGAGUUUGACUUUAUCGCUUGAAACUAACAUUGACAAAGCAAUAAUGACACCAGCUCCUCGCGGGGGUGAGCUACUGAUGCGAUCAGCGGCGCUGGCCUACUCAUCUAUGUCCGGCCAACCUACUAGAACUGCGCAAGCAACCCAACCUGAACAAAAAGGGCUUCAAGAGACGGAACAGUUGCAACCAUCGGCAGCGGAAACUUCUGUUAUUCCAAUGAAUAGCCGAUUCGGACUCCAUUCGAACUUGAAGAACGUUGUUCAGCUACGCCUUCCCCUUGGGAAACUCAGCGAAAUGAUCUUGGCUCAGAUACCCAUCGAAUUAAAUCCAGAUGAUUGUGUUGGGGAGGUUCUAUUGCCUGUGCCCCCGGCGAGCUUGGUAGCCAGAGUUGUCGAGGAGAACUUAAAGGUGAGUUUGAGGGCUUACAGGAGAUAG